AUAUUUACAUAGUAGUAGAUAUUCAUAAAUUAUUCAAUCGUAUCAAAAAAGUGAUUUUUGUGAAUCAAAUAUGUAUUGAAAAUUGAUAAAAUAACCUGCAGCGACGUCGCCUCCUUGCGGCCAUUUAUUCGCUGGAGUGACGUAACGACCGCUGCUGCUGCUCCUUUUCAUCAUUAGUCGCCAUUUUGUUUUCAUCGAAAGAGCAGAAUAAGGUCAGGGAGAGUCUAUCCAGACGUGCGAUCAACUUCCAACCGCAUCAUGGACUUGGAUUCAAGAGAUUCAGACAGUUCGUUGGAGAUGCCACCAGCACCAUCGCCGCCUAUGCUUAGCUCUAGCGACACAUACAGAAGUCGCAGGAGGUCGCCAACACCAGAUAAACGACGAAGAAGACGUAGCAGCAGUGGAUCCAGAUCUUUGAGCAGAUCUUAUAGGCGGUCUAGAUCGUCAGAACGUGACAAAGACAGGGAUCGUGAUCGUGAUCGUGAUCGUGAUAGAGAUAGAGAUAGAGAUAGAGAUAGAGAUAGAGAUAGAGAACGUGAUAGGGAUAGAGACAGAGAUAGGGACAGAGACAGAGACAGAGAUAGAGAUAGAGAUAGAGACAGGGAUAGGGACAAAUCCAAGAAAUACUCAAGGUGGGAAAGAUCAAGAUCUAGAUCAAGGUCUAGAUCUAGGUCCAGAUCCAAUUCAAAGUCUAAAGAAAGGAGGUACAGCCCAAGUAGAAAUCGCAGUAAAGAUAGUCAGAAGCACUCUAAGGAUAAUAGAAAACAUAGAGGCCUGACGAGUUCUAGUAGCUACCGAAGUUCGUACUCCCGUUCAUCCUCACAAUCACAAUACGUAGUCCAACCAAAUGCUUUCAAAAAUGAUGGAAGUUUUAUGGAAUUAUUCAAAAAGAUGCAGGAAAAAAUGCCUGCUACUGCGUCUCAGCCAGCACCGUUUGUCCUGGAAGAAAAGCCAGUUGCACCUCCUCCAUUGAUGGUGGGUAAGAGAAGAGGGGGUAGAAUAUUAAAGACUGGAAUGGUAGAAAAACCAAAGACUGAGCAACCAGUUGAACAGCCUAAAGAUGCAUGGUCAAUGUAUAUGGCUGAAGUGAAGAAGUAUAGAGAAGUUUGCUGUCAGGAGGAGGAUAAUACCAGAUCGUUGGUUAAAUAAAUUCAUCAUUGAUCUUAUAAAACAAUGAAAUUCAUAAAAUACUUCAAUUCUACUAUU